UACCGCGCAGUGUCGCUUGCGGUGCUCAUUCUUAAUACACAAUCAAAACUAGAUUUUUUUUGUUUGCCGAAAAUCUUCCAGCUUCCCUGGCGAGCAGAUAAAAUUUUGCAGUUGUGAGAAUAUGAAUGUUCGUUGUUUUUUUCUAUGAGUUGCCCUAUCAGGUGAACAUUCAAUAGAGUUUCAAAAUUGGUGGCUUAUCCCCUUAAACAUAUUCGGAACAUAUUGUAUUACCUUUAUCUGGUUUUGAGGGAAUAAAUUAGUUUUGCAGCAAGCAGAAGAAAAAGAAAAUAUGACAAACAUCGCCCAACAGCAUGAUCUGGUGAAGAACAGUCUUUUCCAGUUUAUCAAUACACACAUUCCGGGGGCCGAUUUGGGCAUAGUGGACGAUAUUGUACUGUCUUAUGUUAUUUCUAUUCUUGAAGAGGCCAGCGAGGAUCCAUGCUUUGAUGUUGAAGGAUUCAUUGAGAUGAUGUCGGCCUAUUUCAAUGAUUUCGCCAACAUCGAACCAGCAACAGUAUGCUCUUGGAUAUUUCAACUCGAGAGUCAGCUUUCAAAAAAGCCAAAUAAUAACGGCGGAGAUGCACAACAUUUAUCUCUGAAUUCACUCAGUCUUGCUGAUAUAUUACCGGAAGAAAAACUUCGUGGACGCCAAUCAUCCAUUUCUGAGAAUGAAUCGACAGCUAAUGGUAGUGGCCAUACGAAGAGAGUUCAACAUCUUUCGGAAACUAGUGAUGCUGGUUCGACCGAUAGCUCAAAUUGUGAUCUCUUCAGUGAGGAGUGUGAAGUUUUACAAGAAAUGUUUCCGGAAAGCUCGCUCAUCGAGGUGAAGCACUGUAUUCUCAUUGCUAACGGUGACAUUGAUCGUGCGACUCAAAUUUUACUCCAUCGCCAAGAGGCUGGACAGAGCUUGAAAGGUAAUCCUAGUAAUCUGCAAACUGGUAAAGCUCUACCUCAAAUCGAUGAGAACGAGCUAAAAAAUAGGAUUAUUUCCAGAUACUCAUACGUUGACAAGGAGGAUCAUCGAGAGUACAAACCGGUUGCCCCGAAGGUAGAGCCAAAAAAGUUGAUCCGAUAUCGCGACAACAAAAUUGUUUCGCUCAAAGGCGAACGCUACACUGAGGUAUCGCGACGCGGAGGAGAUGAAGAGACCGAACUGAAAAAGCCGAAGAAACCUAUUUGUCCGUAACUAAAAUGGACCCUGCUGCUGCUGCUGAUGCUGUUCACAGCCAAAACUAUAGCUAUCGUAGCUGCACAUUGUUGUAGACUAGGAUACGAGCUACAACAUCAAUAUCAAACACAACUACUAUUAUUCGUCAUGUGUGUAGUCAACAUUUCAACAACCGUAAACAAAUCGAUGCAAAAUCGUGGUAAUCGUAUUAGAGAAGAAUCCAAACACCAGCAGCAAGAAACUGUACUCUGCAAUCAUGAAGGUGACUGCUACCAACUGAAGGUUAAUAACUACGUGAAACAAAACUCCUGUUCUAAGUUCAUAGCUAUUUUCCAAUUUAAUUGUAUUUUGGGGCAAAAUACUGGGAAACCGAGAAAAUCUCAUAGCCACUGCACUCCACCUGUCAUUAAUCUUACAAAAUUAUUUGUAGAAUUCUACAAAAACUACAAUGUAGUAUUUUCGGUCUUUUUGGACAAUUACCCAAAUUCGACAUUUUGGGCGACUGAUUACAGCAAGCAUAUAAUCUCUUUUCUUUAUUUUUGUAUUACUUUUGUUUUGAUUAUUGUUAAGUGCUUUUAUGAUGCGAUUCUCAUAUUUAUUGUAGUGAUACUAUUUUUGUACUUAGCUUUCUGUUUAUUUAUAAGUUUAACUGCGUUUUCUAGCAGUAAGUACGUUACACCGCGACGUAUUUUUAUUUUCGUACGAUCACAAAUACAGGAAAGGACAUUUAUGUUUUGUUUACAGUCGUGAUUUUAUCCGAAAUUCUGUUCAUAUAGCGUGUGUCGAAAAUAUCGUUGGAGGUAACCUUCAUUCCAUAUCACUGUCAUAGGUGUAUUGAAUUUAUUUAGUUUUAAAUUAAUUUUCAAGCGUCUUAGCAGUAUUAGAACAGGUCAAAUCUAGUAGCAUUCACUGGAAUUCUACGGUUAAAUAUCCGCUACGCAUAUGUUAUCUGUGAUAUUCAGAUAAAAGUCGAGUUUUCGCCAAUAAACUCAAUAGGUCUCAAAAAUGUGAAUUAAUAUUAUAACUUCACAGGAAAUCCAUUUUUUCGUUCUCGAGACUUCCUAAAGCGAAAGUUUUUUUUCUAUAUUCUGAGAUUGUGUAUAACACAUCCAUUUACCACCCAAAAAAUUUACGUACCAUCGGGAGUAAAGUGACGUAGAUCAAACCAGAAUGAUUCCUUACGUCCCUUAUUCCUGUUUUUUGCGUUACGUUCUUUUCGUUUCGUUCUUGUUGGUUGGACAUUGUUGGUGAUUAUUCUACAAAGUAUUAUUAGUUUUUUUAUAGCAUCCAUAUACGAGGCAACGCUACUGUUAAAUCAUUAAUUUUACUUAAUUUCUUUUUUUUCGUUUUUUAGAGUAUUUUUACGCAGCACUGAUAUACCAAAUUCUUGAUGUUUUAUUUUCUAGUCAAAUAUAUCAAUUUUUAUUCUCUGCAGAACAACAGCACUUGCAAACCAAGAUUUAAAGAGUGAAAUUUAAAAUUCAAGAAUAGGUGGACACAAAACGAUUAAUGUAAAAUGAAGGGUGUUUGAAUUGACUUGUAAUUUAAUAACGAAAAUUAAUAAAAACCAAUAUAAUACGA